AUGACAAGAUCACAACAUUUCUUUCAUUUUCCGGAUAUGCUUAUUAAUGAUAGAACUUUCUUUGUUACGGGUGGGGCCAGUGGACUUGGUCUUGCCGUAGUGGAAGAGUUGCUCCAACAUGGAGCGAAUGUUGUUAUCAUCGAUUUGAAGGAAAAGCCUUUGGAUCUAAAAGUUUUGACGAAUACGAAUAGGGUUCUCUAUGUUAUAGCAGAUGUAACUUCUGAGGAAGGCAUUAAGGAAGCGAUAAAGGCAGGGGUGAAUAAAUUUGGAAAUACGAUUGGUGGAUUAGUUAAUUCGGGUGGUAUAGGUUCUGUAGACAUGACUGUUGCAUCUAAUGGCAAGCCUGCCGAUUUAGAGACGUUCAAAUCUGUUGUUGAUGUUAAUUUGGUUGGAACGUUCAAUGUGUCGAGACUAGUCGCAUCCGAGAUGAUUAGACAAAUGCCCGACGAAGAUGGCGAACGAGGCGUUAUUAUCCACUUGUCCUCGAUUGCGUCGGAGGAUGGUGAGAUGGGACAGGCAGCUUAUUCAGCUUCUAAAGGUGGUAUUACUGGUAUGACACUCCCUAUGGCUAGAGAUCUAGCACGAUUCGGCAUACGUGUUCUCUCUGUAGCGCCUGGAGCAUGUGAAACUCCUAUGGCCUCGCGGUUACCUGAAAAGGCGGUACAAUUUAUUAUACGGAAAAUUGGAUUUCCCAAAAGACUGGGCAAACCAAAAGAGGUUGCCUCUUUGAUAAUUCAUAUGAUCCAGAAUUCCUAUAUGAACGCGACACAAGUCAGAAUCGAUGGCGGAGCUAGGCUUUGA